AUGAGACAGUUUUUGUUAGUGAUAACCAUUGUACUACUGCGUUGGGCUUUCUCCGUGAGAUGUAGCAAUGAUUACAGCAAGAAUGAUUUCCCCGAAGGUUUCGUUUUUGGAUCAGCCUUUUCUGCUUUUCAGGUUUGGGAGCUGACAGCCAUUGGGAACACUACAGUGGUCGCGUUUGAUGUGCUUCCUUGGGGUCUUGAAGGAGUGUUGGAAUACAUAAAGCAUAACUAUGGAAAUCCUCCCAUCUACAUUCUUGAAAACGGUCGGCCUACCAACCACAAUUCAUCGCUUAACGACAUGGGAAGAGUUGAAUACCUUCAUGCUUAUAUCGGUUCCGUGCUUAAAUCAGUGAGGAAUGGCUCAGAUACAAGAGGCUACUUCCAGUGGUCAUUCAUGGACUUGUUCGAGUUUCUCAAUUUCAAGUACACGUAUGGAUUAUACUACGUGAAUUUUAGUGACCCGGAACGUAAAAGAUCUCCCAAAACCUCUGCUUUUUGGUACUCUGCUUUUCUCAAAGGGACGACAAAAGUGCACAAGAACCUCUCCGUAUCUUCUUGUCUUGCUGUCUCUUCUCAGUAAUUAAGAAAUUGACCCGGUUUGGUUCUCUUGCUCAACCCCUGGGAAUUAGUAGCAUUGUUCGACUUCUUUAAA